AGUGUUGGUGCGUUCCGAGCGGUGACAGUUGGAUGGAGGCCGCAGCUCGUUCGGUCGAUAUGAGUUAGGCCGCUGUGGGCUUCACCAGGCUGAUAGGGGGAGGAUGCCCUGUAGUCUGGCUUAAAUCCUGCUGUUUUGGACCGGGGACACCAAGCAUCACGGAAGAAACGGGGAGCGACUUCUCGCAUCGACAGCAUAUUGCUACGAGGAAAUGGCAAUUUCACGGUCUGUAAUUUCUCUGCUCACGUUUUGUUGUGGAUUGGGCUUAGGAUUCAUCAUAUGCCAUCUAGCCAUUAGUGCAAUAAAUAAAGAAGCACCUCAGCACAGUCAUCUGAUUUUCAAUGACCCUCAUGGCCACUUGGAGGACACUCACCACCAUCAACACCAUCAACACCUUCAAGGAGAGAUGAACUUCAAUGCUGAUGUCAGUCAACAUAAAGACGAAAACAGAAGUGUUGCAGAUGAGCUAUAUAAAAGAGUGCGAAUCCUGUGCUGGGUGAUGACUGGGCCCCAAAACCUUGCCACGAAGGCCAAACAUAUCAAAGCCACAUGGAGCAAAAAAUGUAAUGUUGUGCUUUUCAUGAGCUCAGAAGAAGAUAAAGAUUUCCCUACAGUGGGACUGGGUGUUAAAGAAGGCAGGGACCAAUUAUUUUGGAAAACGAUUAAAGCUUUUCAGUAUGUUCAUGAACAUCACUUGAAUGAUGCUGAUUGGUUUAUGAAAGCAGAUGAUGACACUUACGUGGUUGUUGACAAUUUGCGCUGGCUGCUAUCAAAGUACUCUCCUGACCAACCUAUAUUCUUCGGAAGAAAAUUCAAACCAUAUGUUAAGCAAGGAUACAUGAGUGGUGGAGCUGGAUAUGUGUUGAGCACUGAAGCACUGAAAAGAUUUGUUGAUGCCUUUAAGACAGGAAAAUGCACUCAUUUUACGUCUACUGAAGAUUUAGCCAUGGGGAGAUGUAUGGAAACUGUUAACGUAGAAGCUGGUGAUUCCAGGGACACAAUUAAAAGAGAAACAUUUCAUCCUUUUCCACCAGAACAUCAUUUAUCAAAAAGCUACCUUCCCAAAACCUUCUGGUACUGGAACUAUUGUUUUUACCCUGCUAAAGAGGGACCUGAAUGUUGCUCUGAUCUGGCAGUGUCAUUUCACUACAUUGAUUCCAAGACCAUGUACUAUUUGGAAUAUAUGACUUACCAUCUACGACCAUAUGGCUACAAAUUUAGAUAUAAUCCAGAUUCUCUACCAAAGAAGUUGGAGUAGAGAAAAUGAAUUUCUGUAACAAUACUGUUAGACACUGCAAUGAAGAAAUUGUAAAAGUGCAAAUAUUUCAAAUGAAUGAAGAUUUUGAUUAUCAAAGAUACUUUGAAACCCCUCUCAAUGCCAGUCUGACAAAACAGAACUUUAUGUAAGUUUAUAAUUCACUUGAAUGAAAGUUAAUAGUUGAUGACAUCAAUCGGAUAAUUUUAUUUUGAGUGUAUUUUCUCUUAAUGCUGGCUUCAACUAACGAGCAAAAAGGUUUAUAAGAUUACAAAUAAAACCAUUUAUAGCUCUCCCAUAGCUCAGUGGAAAACAUAGUACCUUGCAUCUUGGUUUAGUUACAGAGAUGAAAGAUAACUGAUUUAAUUUCCAGUCUUAGUUGGGGAAGUUCGAGACCACCGCAAUUGGCUUCAAUUUUGCUAGGCUAGGAUAGAGAAAAAUCAUUUAGGUUUCUGUUUCUCCCUAUUUCACAUUUUCUGCUGAAAAAAAGACACUAAUUAUAAAUAAAAAGAAGUAGUGACAUUCAUUGAUAAGGAACUCCUCUAUCACAGGAACUGCUGUAUCACCUGAAUGACCAUUUUGGGAAAAUAUUGGAGAAUUGGUAUCAUUUUGGAACUGUAAGAUUUAUGGCAGAAGGAGUAAUAUAGGGUAGAAUAUUAGAUGAAACCACAAAAAAAUGAACAUUGCAUACGGUGUCCAGUUGGUGUUUAAUGAUUAUGCUUGUUAGUUGUUUUUUGAAAUUUGAAAUUAAACCUGGGAUAAAUUUAAACUUCAGUGGAAAUAAAUGUGAAAUUGGGCUGCCGAUUUGCCAUCACUAAUUUUACACUGGAUGCACAAAGUCAAAAUUAUCCUGAAGUUAGUCUUAUUUUUGAGCCUUUGUACCUGUGAUGGCUGUUUGGCAGGGUUAUCCAAUUGUAAUUUUUUUCCCUACUCUCUUUUCCUAUAGCCUUGCAUUAUCUUGUUUUAUGUUUUUAGAUGUCAAACCUGUAGCAGGUGUAUUCAGCUUAAAAAUUGUGUUGUGAAAUUUAAAUCUCUAGCUUAAGUAUCUUGAGAACCAUCCAUGCUUGACAUUAUAGUGUUGAAAGAUGCUAUUUUGCCUGUCAACACAAUUUUUUAUGACGUGAACUACCUUGUGUAAUCUCAAAUUUCUUUCACAUUCCAUGCCCUUCUAGCAUUCCUACAUGUUCCUAUAUUUGACACCUUCUAACUUUAAAUGGUUUGAUGGACUGUUCUUCUACUUGGAUUUAUGACACACAAUUCAACUUUUUAACCUUGCUCUUAAACUUGCUUUUAAUAUCACACAUUGGAAAAUUAUUUUUUAAAGCAAUUAGACAUGUAUAUGUGUAUUAUGAAAAUCCACUAUUAUUGCUAAAUUAAAAUUUGCAGAUUUUCUACUUUAAAAUUGUAUCACUUAUUGAGUAAUUUGAUUUGGACUCAAAAAAAACUUGAAAUUUAGGAGCAUGUGAUGAGAAGAAUUAAAUUGUCAUACCAGUGGAUGAAUGAUUCAUUGAAUAGAAAUUAUCUGGUUGAUGUUCUUUUGCCUAAAAGUGCCAAGCAAUUAUAGGUAACAGAUAGGUAUGCUUUUAACACCAGUGUCAAAGACAUUUAAAUCACUAUGUAAACCGAUUGGAGCUGGAUAUUUAACAUUUGGUUCUGAUAUUUUUCAAUUCCCAUUGAGUAAAGGAGUGUGUUUUACAUAAAUGCACUGCCCAUAUAUUUAGAUUCAGGAAAGAUGUUUGAUUUUUCUAUAACUGGUUGCUCUAUUUACACCGAUCAUAUGAGGAUGACUUGUUAAUUUUAAAUUAUAUUGCAUUUGAUUUUGCUAGAAAUGGCAAAUAUGAUAUGAACUGAUUUGGUCUCACAAUGUAUUUGUUAUGCACCAUACAUAUUUAAACAGAUACAAAAAUAUUCUUUAUGUUGCUUGCUUAUUUAAUGUAUUGUAAGUACACAUUGGCAGCUGUCAGUGACAAUACAGGAUUUAGAUAAUAGUUUCAUAAUUAAGAUUUCCUUCAUGUAGCAGCCUGAUGCCUCUGAAAUGAAUUAGAAAAUAAUUGACCCAGAGGACCAUUCCGGAAGAGUCCUCACCCAACACAUCCCUUGCUGCCCCACUCCAAAUGAACUGGAAAGCUAGGCAGCAAGAGAUAUGACUGACAGGACAGCAAAGUGGCACACACUAGGACAGUCAAGUGAAUGGUCAGCUAUGAGGGGUGUGGCCAGGAGGAUGGCCAGUGGUGAGGAGGUCAAGCAAUACGACGAUGCAGCAGGAUGGUUACAUUUCUUUCUGUUUCACAGUUCGUGGGCUAUUUCUGGUUUUGGUCCAGUGUGGUGGAGAUGCAUACUGAUAAUAUCAAGGGCACUGGCUUCCUGUUCAAAUGCAUUGGCAGGAGAUGUACUGUUUAUUAAUUGGUUCGUGUUGUAUCAAUUGAUAUUUCCCAUGUAAUACUCUCCACUUGGACAAGAUUAUGCUAUAAAGUCAAAAAGGAAAUCUAAGGGGUCUUGUACCACAGUGAUUAUGUCCCUACCCCUUGACUGGGAAGCCUCGGUUUAAUUCUUACCUGUUCCAGAAAUGUGUAGUAAUGUCUCUGAAUAGAUUGAUUGGGAAAAAUAGGUCAAAUUAAAACAAGAAGUAAAUCUGAAGUACAAAUUAAAAAUGAGUACUAGACAAAUCUACAUUGACUUAAUAUAAAAAGCUUUAUGUUUAAUUCUGUUAACAAAGUAUUUUAAAGCUGGUGCAAGACAAUUUGGAGUUCCAUUUAGUUAACCUUGAAAUUUGGUCCACUUUCAAAUAUCAAUUCUUAUUUAGCUACACUUUUUUAACAACUUGUUGCAAUGGUCUGUUAUAGUCAUCUGAUUACUUGUAAUUAAUAAAUUAUCCUGUGCUGUAUUCAAACUGCUAAUGCCCUAUUUGAUUAUAUAAAUUUUUGAAAUUAUGCUGUUAAAUGCUAGCUAUAAUGGUGAUUCUGUUAAUCUGAAAUUUCUCAUUACAGGAGACAUUAAAUCACUGAUUCUUUUUAUAUAGAGAGCAGAAGAAUGAAAUUAGGUGUUGAUUCAUUACCCACAAUACAAUCAUUGCAGGGUGUUCUUGCAUUUCAAAGACUGCAGUGGUUCAAGAAGGCAGCUCACUACCACCUUCUUGAGGGUAGUUAGGGGUGGUCAAUAAAUGCUGGGUUAGCCACCAAUGUUCAAAUUCCAUGAAAGAAUAAAAAUAAUUGAGGAUCUCCUUUUUUAACCUUAUAUAGUCAGAAGCCAGUUUGAGUUUUUUCAAUUAAAACUUUGCAUACUUUAAAUUUAAAGUUCCCAAAGAAGAAUAAUUCAGUGGUUGAAGAUACAAUUUAUUGGAAAUGUACAGUGCAACAGUAAGUACUUGAAAAACAACAGCAAGUUAAUGUUUACAUGUGAUGUCUGCCUGUUUUCUUAAAAAAAAAAUUUAGUUUAUUUAAUGCUUUGACUUGUUGCUUUAAAACCAAAUGGGCAAAAAAUAGUGCAGUCAGUUGGACCGAUAUAUAUUCCAAACAUUAAUAAAGUUGCCUUUAUGAAUAGUACUGUGGUUUAAAAAUCAUUUUCAGCAUUUUCAAAGCAAGUUACUUGGAAUGUUUAACUUUGUAGAAAGUUAACUUCUAUGUAUACUGUUUUGUGUGGUAGAAUACCAUGUUAUAACUCUUCUAUGUACAACAAUUUUUAUUUAAAAUAUUGCCUGUCAGUUCAUAUCAUGGACAUCUUUUACUAAAAUGGACCAGUUUGAUUUACUAUUUGAUAGAAUAUGUUCUUGGGGAAAAAGAUGAUUAUAGCUGCAUCUGUUUAGUUACAGAGAUUGCAUGUAUGCUUCAGUGUGUGUGUGUGUUAUCUUUUAUAACGAGUAUGUUUUGAUUCUUUGAUCAAAGCAUUAUUAUUCAUUUAAGAGUUUUUGCAGGCCUUAAAAUUUAGUUUAAAAUUUAUACAUGUAUUGUGAAAUGUCAAUAUGAUUCCAGUAAUGAUGUAAUGAAUUAUAUCUAUCAAGAUCAGCCUUUUCUUUCAUUGAUUUGAUUGAGCUUUUUGUUUCAAUGGCAGGGAUGACCACCGAUGCCUCUUUAUUUCAGAACCUCUCCCAGUGUAGUGUUGUAUUCCAUUAUUGCUAUGUUUGGCCAUGUGUAGCAUUUAGUAGUUUUAGCCAGCACUUAGAUAUUUAUUUCAUGUUCAUAUUUUCACCAUUGAUGGAAUGUAUUGGUCAGCUGCUAACUCACUACUAAAGCCAAGUGCUGCAAUUAGGAAUAUUUGGAUUGCUGUGGAUUUAUGUUCUAAGUCACCACCAAAGUCCUUCAGUCACUGUUAGCAGCCAUCCAAGUUUCAAGGAUGCUUUCAGUGACCUAGGGCAUGUAAUGCAAACUUGAAUUGUGCACUGCAAAUGCAGAUGUCUUUGCUUUGACAGCUACUAUUCUGUUGGAAUGAAUGAUAUUGUGGAGCAGUGCUCUCGAUGAGGUAUUCUUUUACUGGGCUUUACAUAGUUAUGUUUGUGGAAAAUUACUAUAUAAACGAAGAAACACUCAUAAAUGGGUUUGUUGUGGAUGACCUAACUCUGUUUACUGAAUUAUGUAACUCCAACAAGUUCAGAAUAUGUCACAUGAAAGGACAUGUCUUUAACUCUUAUUAGAACUAAAAGCAAAAAUGUGAUCUCAAUGCAUAAAAUGCAGUCCAUCCCAACAGAGUUGUUAUUGGUAAUUUUAGGUCUUUUGAGACAUAGCAUUGUUUAAUUUAUAAGCCUUUCAGGUUUAUUUUUAUAUGCCUCUAAAGAUUAAAAAACUGCAUUGCUUAUGUCAGUCUGUUGUAAGUUGCUGAUGUAAUUGGAUAGUUCCUUGAAUUUUGCAUUUAAUUGUUUCAUUUUAGUGAUUAAACAUAUUGUUUAAUGUUAUAAUGAACCUUUCUGUGUAUAACUGUAAAUGUUUUGAUUUGAAUAAAAUGAAGUUUUGGUUCAUGAA